AUGAACUCGAAAGAAUAUCGUAAAAAAUUAUUAAUUUCAUUGGGAAUGUUAUUACCGGCCGUUGCGGCCAUUAUUGGUAUGUUGUAAAACUUUCUUUUCGUUGUCAUUUCUUGUGUAAUGGCAUGGGCAAUAAGCGCCGAAGUUGUACUUGGAGCCAAACGUGAAGCACAACGUCGUAGUGGUGGUGAAUAUCACCAUGAUCAUCAUUUUAAAAUUCCAAAUAGAUAUGAUUAUACACGAUUUACAAAUGCACCAUCAUUAUCAAUGAUGAUGAUGCCACAGAAUGCUGAAAAAUUGAUUGAUGAUUUUAGCCAUAAUCAUCGACGUUAUGAUGAUGAACAACAAGAUGAUAAUAAUAACGGAGGAUUAAAUGCAUUUCAAAAAAGAUUAGAAACAUUAAGUAAAGAAUUUCUUAGCCACACAAAUAAUGAUCAGACAAUAAAUGAGCUAAAAAAUCGUUUGAACCAAGAAAAUAUUGCCGAAUUGUUUGCCAAAUUAUUUGCUAAUCAUCAUCCAAUAAUGAAUCAGAAUCCAAAUAGUAGUAAUAGUAAUAGUAAUGGCCCACGUAUUGUAGUUGUAGCAGCACCUAGUCAAAAACAAACCUCCACUUCCUCUUCCUCUUCUUCUUCUUCUUCUUCCAAAUUGACCUCAUCACCAUUAUCAUCAGGAAAACAUUUUAUAAGUGAAACACGGGUUACAUCAACAUCGAAACCACAAGCAAUGGAAUUGAAAAUUGCAUCACCAUCAUCAUCGGUGAAAGAAACAGGCAAAAAUCAUCAUCAUCAUCAACAGCAGACAAAAUCUACUAAACAACAAGUAUCAUCAUCAUCAUCAUCAUCAUCAUCAAAAUCGAAACAAAAACAACAACAAACAUCAUCAACAUCAACAAAAUCGGAUUUAAAAUUCAAAGUUCAUAUCGACCAAUCAACAAAACGAAAACCACAAUCAUCACAACAAAUUACAAUGGAAAAAACAAAAUCAAUGAUUAAAAGCGGUGCACAUCCAAAAACCGUACCAAUGAACAAAUCAUCAACGACCAUCAACAACAAGUCUAAAUCGAAAAAUUAUGAAAAAGAAAUUGAUUCUUUAUUGCAGAAAAUUGAGAAUCUAGAAAAACAAAAAUAUAAUGCACAAAAACCAUCAAAAACACCGACGAAAAAAGAAUUAUUCAGUAAUAAAAAUUCAGAUAUUGCAAAGAAAUUACGGAAAUUUAUGGACACAGCACCGAAAGAAGAACCAGCCCGACCAUUUAUGUAUCAAUCGACUCAAAAACAACAACAACCACCGGAAAUGGAACAAAUGGAAAAUCAACAACCACAGCAAUGGGAUUCAAUGCUACCACCACCACCACCACCACUACCACCACCAAUGCCAUUUAUGCCAGCUGCUUCACCAUUUAUGCAUCAACCAAUACAGGAUAUGGAUCAACAACAACCACCGCAUCAUCAAAUACAAAAUGAAAUAAAUCCAAAUUCAAUGAUGAUGAUGAAUGGUGAUGAAUAUAAUAAACAACAACAGAUGGCGCAAUCAUAUCCACCACUACCACCUCCCACACAACCGGAACAAGGAUAUCCAUCAUAUAUACCACCACCAUUACCUCCAAAUGUUUAUCCACCAAGUUAUCCACCACCACCACCCCCACCACAACCAUCUCAGAAUUAUCCUGAACAGCCAACAUAUUAUCCAUCUCAACAACAACAAUCACAAAUGCAAGCUUCGAAUCAAAUUCAAACUUAUGUACAUCCAGCUCAUUAUCAACAACAACAAUCGCCACAACCAAACGGCCAUUAUCAAUAUCCGGUACAACAACAAUCUUCUGAACCAAUCCAUGAUGAUAUGAUGAUGGAAACAACAACAAAAAAACCAAGUAAAUUAAGCCAAAUUAGUCGACGAUUUCAAUUGAGUCGAAUAUUUACAUCGGUUAUGCCUAAAAGUAAAAAAGCAAAGAAACGUCCAUUGCCACCACCACCGCAAGAAUAUCAGUAUGAAGAUUCAAGGCAACAUCAUAUGAUGCCACAAGAUGAUAAUGUAUCAGAAAUGGUCGGUGGACCACCACCACCACCACCACCUGGACCAAUGACACAAGAUGGUCAACCACCAUAUGAUCAGAUGAUGACACAAGAAUCUCGAUAUAAAACUGCAGUAGAUCGAGGAUAUAGAGGUGGUGGCUAUGCACCAAUGGAAGCAGCUGGUAUGCAAGUUAGAUUUGGUGGUGGACCAAUGGGUGGUGGUAGUCAGGUAAAAGUGAAUCCGAUGACCAUAUUGAAAACAUUAGCAUUUCCAAUGAUGAAAAGGCCAGCAUUAAAUCUGAAUGGUAAAGUUGUCUUGGGUAUUGUAUUGGAAAAUGGUGCCCAUGGUCCAUAUCGAAAACCGAAAACAGUAUUUCAACAUUAUAGUACCGGACGUAUUAAAAGAUGAAUGAAUCACAAUUAAAUUUUCAACAAACAAAUGCCAUCUGAAUACACACACUAAAACAAACAAAAAAAAACCUGACUUGAACGGUACAAUUUAACAAAUCAUUGUUUUUUUCUGGUGAACUUUUUUUAGGCUGGCUUCUAGGGAAAAGUUCAUUUGUGUGUGUGUGUGUGUAUGUUCUUGAUUCUUUUCAUCAAUCAAUUGAUUAACUAACAAAACUAGGACUAGGACUAGGCUCCAUACACACACAAAACACAAUCAAUUUUUUAUCUCUCACUCACACAUUU